UAUCAAUUUUUAUAACGUUUUUCUAUGUCAUGAACCUGGUGAGUAGUAUCUCAAGAACCUAUUCAGUAUUCAGUAUUCACAUAAAAGACAGAAAACAAAAACUAGUGAGGCAUAAAUAAUAAACACUAGAACUUCCACUUCUCUUUGAUCGCCGACACAUUUUGGUUCAGUGGCAAAGAUGAAGAAUCCUUUGCUUUUGGCUCUUUUCCUUGUUUGCACCAUCGCUUUACCCGAUAAAAGCAGCAGAGAAACCCAACAAUUAACCAACGGUGGCCUCACCGGCGCGAGGCAAGAGAUACUCUCUUUCUUAGACCAAAGACUUGCUGUGGUGUACCCAGUGAUCCAGAGAUUCAAGUCACUCAUCACUCUCGACCCUUAUAAAGUAACCCAGACAUGGACUGGUUCAGACAUCUGCAGUUAUAGAGGCUUUCACUGUGACAAUCCUCCGGACAACAAAACCGCAGUCACUGUCGCUUCCAUUGAUUUCAAUGGCUUUCAGCUCUCUGCUCCCUCUAUUGAAGGAUUUAUCGAUCAGUUUCCUGACUUGGCUCUGUUUCAUGUUAACUCGAACAACUUUGGAGGUACCGUGCCUUCCAAGAUCGUCAACCUCAAGUACCUCUACGAACUCGACAUCAGCAACAAUAGAUUCACCGGUCAGUUUCCGACAGCCGUAGUUGGUAUGUCCGGUUUGACAUUUCUUGACAUCCGUUUCAACUCUUUCUCCGGUUCAGUCCCUCCACAAAUUCUCGGUCAAAACCUCGACGUUCUCUUCAUCAAUGACAACGGCUUUACUGCAAGCCUACCAGAGGUACCAAGUGAUGGUACAGCACAUAUUCUAUACUUAACUUUAGCAAACAACAAGUUCAAUGGUCCUCUCCCAAGAAGCAUCCUAAGAUCAAUGUCAACGUUAACCGAAGUACUCUUCUUGAAUAACGAUUUCACGGGUUGUAUCCCUUACGAGAUCGGGUUCCUCACGGGAGCAUCAGUGAUUGACAUUGGUGGAAACAAGCUCACAGGUCCUCUACCGCUUUCCCUAAUGUGUCUGGAGAAAGUAGAACAACUCAAUUUUGCUGGGAAUCUCUUGUUCGGGGCCAUCCCGGAGGCGGUAUGCAUGGUGCUCCGGGACAAUCUUGUCAACUUAUCGUUGUCUGAUAACUAUUUCACGCACGUAGGGCCUUGGUGUAGGGGUUUACUUGACAGAGGUGUACUUGACGUUAGUAACAAUUGCAUUCCUUUCUUCCCAGGACAAAGAUCAAUGCAAGAAUGUGCCGAGUUUUUUGUCAAACCUAAGAAGUACUACUGUCCUCACAUGUGGUACCAUAGUUUUUUCUCUUGCAGAUAUUCCCAUAUAUCUUCUUCCUCUUCUAAUGCUUUCAUGCCCAUGGUAGCUCCCUCACCUUAAUAUUUAUCAUCAUCAGUGUAUUAAUCAUUCUCAUUGUGUAAUGAAAAAUAAUCGAAUUAUGUUUCGACCAAGACAAUUAUAGUAACGGAAGGGCCAUAUUGGUGUUUGUGUUGCAA